AGGGCUCUACUACACCGAGAUAGGAGAGUGAGUACGUCAGUACACCAUAGAAUAGCCCAUAGGUACACUUGACAAGGAAGAAGUGGCUAGUCCCUUAAAAUAUUAAGGCAAAACCUUGAAAAACGAGAGCUUGGCGUUUUCCCCUCCAUUCCAGUGUGUAUGCAGGUGACACCGAGGAAGCAUGACACUAUGAUAGUGCUUGGACUUUAUAGUAGCCUUCUUCAUUUCAAUAGGUGAUCAUUAGAUGUAAUAAUCGCCGUAGUCGUGUAGGACUGUCAGUUGUCAAACCGAAAAGAAGACCGCAGGAGACAGUCAUGGAUCAGAGAGUUGAUAGAAUGAUCAGCUAGCGUUUUAUGUGCCCAUUCUACUAUAGAGAAACCGAAGACAGCGCACCUGGAGCGGCUCGGGCAGAAUGGAUUUCAGCACCAUUCGGAAUCUCAUCACAAGAUACUGUACAGGAGAGGAGAGCUGGGUGGACAGCAGGACGGUGUAUAUUGGACAUAAAGAACCUCCUCCAGGAACUGAAGCGUACAUUCCACAGAGAUUUCCUGACAACAGAAUCGUCUCCUCAAAGUAUACUUUUUGGAAUUUUAUACCAAAGAAUCUGUUUGAGCAGUUCAGAAGAAUCGCCAAUUUCUAUUUCCUGAUCAUCUUUCUAGUGCAGCUGAUCAUUGACACUCCCACCAGUCCUACGACCAGCGGUCUGCCACUUUUCUUUGUCAUCACUGUCACGGCCAUUAAACAGGGCUAUGAGGACUGGAUCAGGCACAAAGCAGACAAUGCUGUAAACCGAUGUCCAGUCCACGUCAUCCAACAUGGCAAAGUCGUACGAGAACAGAGUCAAAAGCUACGGGUGGGUGAUAUUGUCCAGGUAAAAGAGGAUGAGACAUUUCCGUGUGACCUCAUACUGCUCUCCUCCAGUCGAGACGAUGGAACAUGUUUCGUCACUACAGCCAGCUUAGACGGAGAGUCCAGCCAUAAGACCUAUUAUGCAGUUCAGGACACAAAGGCAUUCAACACAGCAGAGGAGGUGGACACACUACAUGCUACCAUAGAAUGUGAACAACCCCAGCCAGACCUGUACAAAUUUGUUGGACGCAUCAAUAUUUAUUUGGAACGAGAAGAGCCCAUCGCAAGACCUCUGGGAUCUGAGAACUUGCUGCUCCGAGGGGCCACACUGAAAAACACUGAAUGCAUAUAUGCUGUGGCCAUCUACACAGGCAUGGAAACCAAAAUGGCCCUUAACUACCAGUCCAAGUCUCAAAAGCGCUCAGCCGUUGAAAAAUCUAUGAAUGCCUACCUGAUUGUGUACCUCUGCAUUCUGAUCAGUAAAGCUCUGAUUAAUACUGUACUGAAGUACGUCUGGCAGGCUGACCCGAACAGAGACGAGCCCUGGUACAACCAGAAAACAGAGACGGAGAGACAACGGCAUGUGUUAAUCCGAGCGUUCACUGAUUUCCUGGCCUUCAUGGUUUUAUUCAACUACAUCAUUCCUGUGUCAAUGUAUGUAACUGUGGAGAUGCAGAAGUUUCUGGGCUCAUACUUUAUUCUGUGGGACGAUGACAUGUUUGACGAGGAGCUCGGAGAGAGACCGCUCGUCAAUACAUCAGACCUUAAUGAAGAACUGGGACAGGUGGAAUAUGUCUUCACAGACAAGACAGGCACUUUGACCGAAAAUAACAUGGAGUUGAGAGAAUGUUGUGUGGAUGGGCAUGUUUAUGUGCCACAUGCCAUCUGUAAUGGGCAGAUCUUACCUGGAGCUGCUGGCAUGGACAUGAUUGACUCUUCUCCAGGCGUAGAUGGAAAGGAGCGUGAGGAGCUGUUUUUCCGUGCAUUGUGUCUGUGUCACACAGUCCAGGUGAAGGAAGAGGAGACGGUGGAUGGCAUUAAGCGAGGAAUCCAUCAAGGCAAAUCCACCUCUUUCUACAUCUCCUCUUCUCCAGACGAGGUGGCACUGGUGGAGGGCAUGAAGAGGUUGGGCUUUACCUAUCUGCGUCUGAAGGACAGUCACAUGGAGAUCCUAAACCGAGAUGAUGAGACGGAGAGAUUUGAAUUGUUGGAGGUGUUGAAUUUUGAUUCUGUGAGGAGGAGAAUGAGUGUAAUCGUAAGAUCAAACACAGGAGAGUACUACUUAUUCUGUAAAGGCGCAGAUUCCUCGAUUUUCCCACGAGUGGUUUCUGGGAAGGUGGAGCAGGUCAGAGCGCGAGUAGAGCACAACGCUGUGGAGGGUUUACGGACUCUUUGUGUGGCAUAUAAGAAGCUGACUCAUGAAGAGUAUGAGAAGGUGUGCCGUCUCCUGAACAGUGCCAAACUGGCUUUGCAUGAACGUGACAAGAAACUGGCUGAAGCUUAUGAUGUCAUCGAGAAGGAUUUCAUCCUGCUGGGAGCCACGGCUGUGGAAGACAGGCUUCAGGAUAAAGCAGCAGACACUAUUGAGUCCCUGCACAAGGCUGGUAUGAAGGUAUGGGUCCUCACAGGGGACAAAAUGGAGACUGCAGCAGCCACAUGCUAUGCCAGCAAGCUGUUCCAUCGCAAUACACAGAUCCUGGAACUAACAACCAAAAGGACAGAAGAGCAGAGUCUCCACGAUGUUCUGUUUGAUCUGAGCAGGACCGUCCUGAGACAACAUGGCAGCAUGACCAGGGACACUUUCUCGGGGCUCUCGGGUGAUUGCCAGGAUUAUGGUCUGAUAAUCGAUGGGGCGACAUUGUCAGCUGUACUGAAGCCGACACAGGAAGGUACCAGCAGUGGAGGAAACUAUAAGGAGAUUUUCCUGGAAAUCUGCAGAAACUGCAGUGCAGUCCUUUGCUGUCGUAUGGCACCCUUACAAAAAGCACAGAUUGUUAAGAUGAUAAAAGCAUCAAAAGAACACCCAAUCACGCUAGCCAUUGGAGACGGUGCCAAUGAUGUCAGCAUGAUUCUUGAAGCUCACGUGGGCAUAGGGAUCAUGGGUAAAGAGGGGCGUCAGGCGGCCCGUAACAGUGACUAUGCAAUUACCAAGUUCAAACACCUGAAGAAGAUGCUGCUGGUUCACGGGCAUUACUAUUACAUCAGAAUCGCUGAGCUGGUCCAGUACUUCUUCUAUAAGAAUGUGUGCUUUAUCUUCCCUCAGUUUCUCUAUCAGUUCUUCUGUGGCUUCUCUCAGCAGCCACUGUACGACACGGCAUAUCUGACCUUGUACAAUAUCAGCUUCACGUCAUUACCCAUCCUCCUGUACAGCUUGAUGGAGCAGCACAUUAACAUGGACAUCCUCAAACGGGACCCCUCUCUGUACAGAGAUAUUGCGAAGAACUCCCUCCUAAGAUGGCCUAUCUUCAUCUACUGGACAUUUCUUGGGGUUUUUGAUGCAAUGGUCUUCUUCUUUGGUGCUUUCUUCCUUUUUGACAACACGACCUUCACCAGCAACGGACAGCUAAUGGCCACCAACACACAGAUGAUGUUUGGAAAUUGGACUUUUGGAACACUCGUUUUCACUAUCAUGGUGUUCACGGUCACGUUAAAGCUUGCCCUGGACACACAUUACUGGACGUGGAUCAACCACUUUGUAAUAUGGGGGUCUCUGCUUUUCUAUGUGAUCUUCUCUCUCCUGUGGGGAGGCAUCAUUUGGCCUUUCCUGAACUAUCAGAGGAUGUACUAUGUGUUCAUGCAGAUGUUGUCCAGUGGUCCCGCAUGGCUCAGUAUAAUCCUGCUGAUAAUAGUCAGUCUUUUGCCUGAUGUGGUGAAGAAAGUGUUAUGUAGAGCUCUAUGGCCAACAACCACAGAGAGAAUACAGAAUGCUGAUAGACUAUAUAAGGGCCACCUGUCAGAGUUCACCCCCCUGUCCUCCCUCCACGCUCCACCUGCACGGAAACACGACAGACAUGGCAACGAGAGCCAGAACCACGCCCACCACAGGUCUGACUUCUCCCCUUCCAAAAAACUAAUGUGCACCUACUGGGGGGGCAGGCCUGACUACUGCACCUUCAACUCCUAUCUCCGAAUUGGGGAAAACCCAAGAAUUUCCAGGGCAGCUUACGCUAACAGUUCACCAGGGCCUGAGACCUCUGUUUGAUGGUUUAAAAAAAAAAAAAACAUUUGAAUCUGGUUUAGUCUAUACUAGAUUUCUGAUUUUGGCCCAGAUUAUCCCAAAUUCAAGACUGGGAUUAUAUCUAGACCCAUCUUGACUUCUUAUCCAUGUCAUUAUCUUAAACAAAAGCACUGAAAUGCACACUUAUGGUGUCUAUUUACUGUACACACAUGGGUGAUAGUGAUGCUGUGUGUAAUUUGUGGGAUAGAGGAGGGCCAAACAGAAUUGCCUACAUCAACUGCAAGUGUGGCAUACUGUGCUAAGCAGCCUUGGGAUCUAUUUACCUUGUUCUCUUUAUGUAGAGUGUGUGGAUAUUUAAACGUGAGAGUGUGUUCCCUUUACACUGUGGUUUGUGCGUGUUUGUGUGUUAGUUCGCUCACACCCUCUUGUAAUCCUUCAUGUGAAAAAUUACUUGAAACAACUACACUGGACAGUAGUAGCACAAUCCUUCCCUUAUCAAGCACUGAUACAAUAUGUCUGAAUUUCAACAUGUGGAUGAAAAAAUGGCCUUGGAUGCUCUUAAAACUGACUGUCCUGUUUUUUCUUUUCUCUUUUUUUCUCUCGUUUCCCUUCCCUUUUUUCCUGUGCUCCUUCUCUUUUCUCGUCCUACUUUUUUUAAAUUUUUUUUAUAGAACUAACUGGUGUUGCUUUUGUGCAAACCUGUUAUCGAGGAACACUCCAUAGGCUGCAAUUAUCUUAGUCCGAUUGCAUUGUAAGUGUCUAAAUUUAGCCAGUUCUGUUGCUGCACUAUACUAGAGCGACAUAGGUGUGUGUACCAUGGGUGUUUGCAUAGGCAUUUGUUAGAACUACAAGAAGACAUGUUGUAAAUGGACUGUCAUUAUAUUCCACUUUUUAACUUUAAGAAUGGUGGAAAUUAUACAUUGUGACAUUACUCACAUUCUACGGUUCAGAAGUACUAAAACCAUUAACUAAGGCCACGUCCACGCUAAUAUGUUUUCUUUUUAAAAAAGCAUUGAUUUCGCCACAUUUACGGCUCUCAUCCACACUAGAAUGCAGUUUCAGAACGCUCUCCAUUACUGUGUACUUUGGAAAACGGUGAAACCUAAAACCUAAAAAAAUGGGUUUUCAAACGAAAACAGAUUAGUGUGGACUUGGCCUAUGGGGCCAUUCAGACUGAAUGUGUUUUUGUGUUAAAAAAAAGCUAAAACAUAACAAAUAAAAAAAAAGGCAAAAUACUUGAAAAACAUUGAGACACAGCGAAACGGCCAAAAAUGUCCGUCUAGCACAUUUACUUCGAAAAACAGCGUAUAAGAAGGCAAAAACGUGCUCCGUGUGAAUGGCCCCUUGUUAAAGUUGAUGGCAACCAGUUACUCUGUCUUAGCUGCUUGACGAUUUGCUUUAAAAUUCUACAACCCCCUAAUCAAAUAUUCCUUUAGCCUAGUUUUCUAGUAUAGUAUCAGAAAUAUAAUGCUAAAGGCUACGUUAGCACAACUAGCGACCUUAACAUAACUGUUCUGCCUUAAUACAGUGUUUCCCAUCUUGUGCACCGCAGUUUGGAACCAAAGGUUGUAAACAAAGUGAAAUACAGAGUAUAUUAAUGUGUGUUAGUUGCCUUAUGCUGAAAGAAAAUUGGAGGGAAAGUAUUUGAUGGCAUAAGAAGAAUCACACCAUAUUGCCUUAAGUUGACGUUGCACCAGCUGAGGAUGUAGACAGAUAAAAGUAGUACUCGACAUCUUCCAGUGCAAGCAAAACAACCCAGGGCUCCUAAAAAAACAUUGUACAGCUUGCAUCGUAGCAGACAAAGAUGUCAGAAAGUGACAUUUGACAUUUCCAUUGGUCCAAAUGUCUAUAUAGGCUCACAAAAGUACAGACGAACUUCUGUGUCUGUGUAUUUUCAUGAUUGUACUGUAACAUCCUAUUUGGCUGUUCCCAAAGUGUUUUGUCUGUAAUUCUUGGAGCCCUGUGCUGCGUUGCUUGCAUCAUUUCUUUGUUGCACAUUACUAUUUCAUCAUCGUCUGAUUUAAGUCAGAUGUAAUUAGACCGUGCUACUGUUCACAAACAAGUCAUUAAACUUACAGCCUAAGCAAGGUCAGCAUCACAGAUGGCCUCUCUUCACUGUCCUGUGCACUCUGUUUGGAGAAAUGCCUCCUUUCUAGUUGCAUAGAAAAUUAGCUUUUUAAAAUGUAUCCAGAGAACGUGCCUCACAACUUAUGACUUACCUGUUUAAUAAGAUAACAUUCUCAUGAUUGCUAUUUCAUCUGUCCAUUAUGUUAAGUCACAUUCAUGUGAAUUCAAACUGAAUUUGAAUUGAAAUCCAAUGUGAAAGUAGUUCUAAGUCAUGACUUAAAUAUUUAAUAUGAUAAUGUUCUCAUAAAAACAGUCCAAAAAUUUAGAUUUGAUUACACAUAGUUCAGGUUGAUCUCUGUCCAGUAUAUUAAUUCACUUUCACACUAAUUCCAACUGAAUUUGAAUUGAAAUCCAGUGUGAAAGCAGUUCAAUGUAGUGACUUAACUGUUUAAUAAGAUAACAUUUCCAUUAAAAGUAUUAUAUCAGUGGAUUGCUUUUUUACCCUUUGAUCGGUUCGUUCUCUGUCCAGUAAAUUAAUUCACGUUCACACUAAUUUAGACUGAAACUGAAUUGAAAUCCAAUGUGAUAGUAGUUUAGUGUCAUGACUCAUCUGUUUAAUAAGGUAAUAUUCUCCAAAAAAAAAAAAAAAAAAAAAUUGCUCUUUCAUGACCUAUAGUUCAGUUUCAUCUCUGUUUAGUAUAUUCAUUCACAUUCACACUAAUUCAGACUGAAACUGAAUUGAAAUCCAAUGCGAUAGUAGUUCAGUCACGACUCGCCUGUUUAAUAAAUUAACAUUCUCUUUAAAAACAGUCAAAAAAUGGCUGUUUCACGACCUUUAGUUCAGUUUCAUCUCUAUCUAGUAUAUUCAUUCAUGUUCACACUAAUUCAAACAUAAUCUGAAUUGAAAUCCAAUGCGAAAGUAGUUUGGUGUCAUGGCUUACCUGUUUAAUAUAGCAUUCUCAUAAAAAAAAAAAAAUAAAAAAAAAAUGAUAUUUGACUACUCUUAUCUCUUUUCCAUCUCUGUCCAGUAUAUUAAUUCACAUUCAGACUAAUUGAAAUCCAAUUUGAAUUUAAAUUCAAAGUGAAAGUAAUUCAGUAUAACGACUUAACCAUUUAAUAUAAUAUUCUCAUCAAAAUGUCAGAAAAUUUCUAUUUAAUUACCAAUAAUUCAGUUUUAUCCCUGUUCAUUAUAUUAAUUUGCAUUCACACUAAUUCAAAUUGAAUCUGAAUUGAAAUUUAAUAUGAAAGCAGUUCAGUGUAAAGACAAAAUGACCACUCAGAAGUUUGUCUGCGUGUCUUUUCCCUGCUAUCCUUCACAUUCCAUGCCUGUUUUAUCUUUGUCUCUGUUUUCUGGAAUGUAGUGUAUCUUUCCUGGAGCUGUGUUCUUUCAUCUCAUCUCCACCUCUUUCCUCGCAUGUGUUUCCUCAUCCAUCAUUCACUUCUCAUGUGGCCAAUCACCCCUUUCACCGUUUUAACCAUCAUCUAUGUUAGAGUCAGGGUACAGUGAGAGAUAAAAAGAGUAGGUGAUGUGGAAGACUAUCAAGCUCACUGGUUUGAUAGGUACUCCAAGCUUCUUGUUGGUAGGUGCCUUCUGGUGCUUUUUAAGCUCAGUGUAUGUUAAUGUGUUCGGUUCAGUGAAGUGUCGAUUUCUGGGAAACUCCAGCAUGCACAUACAUAUGUUGCCUGUCAGUUGGCCUACAACAGAGAAUGUCUGAUUAUAGAAUGGUGUUAUGGGUAUAGCUGGUUUGUUAAGGGGUGUAAGAGUCAUUUAUUUUGGGGGUUAAUGCGAUUUAAUGUCAAUAAAAAGUCACAGUCAGAAUAGUAACAAUGGAAUGUCCUUUUUCAUGCACACAUUAAAUCUAAAUAUUGAAUAUAUUAAUGAGUAUAUGGAUGUCAAGGUUUACAAAGGGCGAGUGAAUGAGUGAAUAACAAAAUUAUCUAACAUUUUCACUGAAUAAUUUCAUUUCUGGUUCAAACGUGUAUUAUUUUACUCAUACGAAUGUAAAAUCUGUAAGUCAAAGUCAAAAACUGUUUAAUUGAUUAUCAUUGUCUGAAUAUUUGCAUGUUCUUCGAUGCCGUAGUAAUGGACCAACCACUGAGCUUUAUGAAGUGUUCUCAUGUCAUAUUUUAAUUUAUAAAUCACUUUAAUAACUUCUGUUAAAGUGUCUCUGUGUCCAGUUCAAGUCACGUGACGCUCAUCAACGAUUCAAAGAACUAAUCAAUGCUGGCAAAUCGUUGAUUAAAUGUUGAUUUAACGUUCAUUUCAGUCUGUCACUGUAUUUAUAUUUUUGUUUUGCAUUCUGCUGUAUUUCUUACCACUUUUUCCACUAUGCAGUUGCUCAACAGCUCUCUCUGGCUUACUGAAUGUAGUAACAAAACAAGUAAAAAGCCACUGUUGUGCACUACACAAAUUGCAUAGCGUUUAUUAUGUAGCCGUGAAUGACAGCUACAAACUACCAUAGCUCAAAGAAGUUUAUUCUAGAACAAAUGGCCCCUUCACUUUUUCUUGUUUCUGUGUGUUUCUGACAAACUAUUGUUUUGAAUCAGAACUAUUUUUUGUAAUGUAGGAAUCAUUUUAUCUCUAAACGCUGGCUGCCUCAGGGGUGCGUUCAGGCACUGGCAAACACUGUAUUCUGUCUAUGUGAAAAAGGUUGUAUCAAAUAGGUAUUUUGUAUAUCUUGUGAAAAUGUCUUUUUGCUACUUUUGUAUCUAGAGGAUGAAGAGAACUGCUUACUGUUAUAGAGUUAGAAUGUUACUGUUGAGUUUUAAAACAACCAAAAGAUCAGUGGAGAAAUCAGUUGCAGUUAAAAUGAAAUUUUGAAAAAUAGCUUUAACAGUCCGUUGGUUUGUUUGUUUGAAUGGUUUUAAACAUGUGGUACUGUACAGGUUUUAAGAUGACAUGUGCAUGUUCAUUGCUCACACUGAAACUAGGAAGGCAAAUGAAAUACAGUCUUGUUUUAAAAGCAGGUGUGACCAAAUAUUUGAUUAGAUGCUAUAAUUGAAGGCUGUACUGCCUAUAGUGGGGCUUAAUCUGUGCCACGCUAUUCAGAUUAACACAAUACCUUUUGCUUUAUUUCAUCUGCACAAAGUGUGAUGUUGCUCAUCAAUUUAUUAAAUAUAUGUAUACUACUGUACACUUUACAGCUUAUACAUAAAAAUAUUCAUGUACAGUUUGGGCUCUUUUUGUAUAACAUUUUUAAAAGGUUGAUAUCUGUAGAUAUGUUUUUUUUUUCUGUAGCUAUUAACAGCAAGACAAGAACAUUUGCUUGUAAUAAAGAAAUUUAAAUGUUUGAAA